GCACUGGAAGUUUUUGCGGGGUGUAGCGGAAUUAAAUUCUUGUCGCUCUUCGCACCGUUAUCAGUGAAAUCGAUUUUAUGAUUUUUUAAGUUAGACGAAAGCUUUGCUCCUAUUCGGCCAGUUACGCUUAGUGUGAAGUGACGAAAAAGCAUUCAGCAUCGGUGUGUAUGCGUUUUUUCGUGCUCUAUAAAAACCAUCACUCAAUCUUCCUCACGACCAUCCAGCGAUUUCAAUCGCCGCCCAUCAUUUCAACCACCACAACACAAGAAGCCAUCAACAACAGGCAACAAUUACAACGAAAGUGCAGCUGGCUUACCUUAUAAGAUCGCACCUUCCCAAGAGAGGGAAGGCACCAUCGUGCGGCCGUUUCGUUGGUUCCGUCAGUUAAACGUUGACCUAAAUAGGAACGUACCUUAGGUAUUCUGAAUUACUAAGCGCAGAUCCACCAGCGUGAUGAGCCGAGAUGCUUCCUCCGUAGCUUCCUGUACCGAAUCGCAACAAUUGGUCUUGACCAAAGAGGUGUGCAGAGAAUGAAACGGAAGCACUCUCAUGAAUUCAGCGAACAUCCAGGUCAACGCAUCUCUGGAUUUCUAAAGAAGAACCAAACAUCGUACUAGAACCUAACAAAGCCAGCUAAGCAGUUCUCGAGAACUGCGAAAGUUGGAGCCGAAUAUCACUCUUUUCUAGCUCUGCGAUCAUUAGUCCAAAGCGUCCAUUUCUCAGUUCUACAAUAAGUUAUUGUAUCCCACCGCAAAAAAGAAGAUUGUUCAGCCACUUACCCAAACCAGCAUCGCGGGAAUCAACAGUGUCCAUCACCAUGGCAACGACGGACCAGGAGAGCAGCAUUCCCGUGCUUCUAGUAACUGCUAACGUCGGUAGUGUUUUUGAGGAUCCUUCAAAUCUGCUACAUCUUUGGGUUCGGGAGUUUCUGAAUCAUGUAUCGCAGUGCCGCCCGAUCUUCAUUGCACUACAUCUGCAAGAGGUAGGCGGCAAGACAUACGAAAAGUCGAUGGAUUACGUGCAAGAGUUCAUCGCGAACUUGUGCGAGUCAGAAGAACUCAAGGACUAUAAUCGCAUCCGGGUGUAUCUGGAUGAAGACUACAACUCAGCGGAACAUUUUACGGCACUUGGAAACCUUUACUUUGUGCAAAGUACGGUGAAGCACGUACUGAUGUGGAAUUUCUUGACGCACGAGUGGGACUUGGUUGAAGGGAAAAGCAUCUAUACCGGCAGCAUUGAAACGGUAGCAAGCAAGGAGAAAGCCAAAUUUCCUCAGCAAUUUUUUCCUGAGUGCAAAUGGUCCCGUAAAGGUUUCCUGCGCACCCGUUGGUUCUUGAACGGAACAGUCUUUGAUCUGGUAAAUAUCCAUCUCUUCCACGAUGCUUCAAACCUGGCCGCUUGCGAGGAGUUUCCAUCGGUGUACUGUAAAAGCAGGCGUCGCGCACUCGUCUACACGCUUGAAAGAUUUCAUAAGGACCCUGUGAAUCACCCAGUGCCAUAUUUCGUAUUUGGUGACUUUAAUUUCCGCUGCGAUACGGAGGGUGUAAUUAAGAAACUUACGGAAGAUCUGACGAUGCAUCGGAUCCAAAAUGCCGCAUCAAAACCGGACAGUACAAAAGUGCAGUAUCGCGAUUCCGACGGUGUGAACGUACUGACGGUGGGCAAGAAGGAAUUCUCCCAUUGCGACCAAAGUACAUUUAAGGAGCAGUGGUUGCGCCAGUUUGAUCGCGAACUCGAUUCCUUGCGCAGCGUACUAUACGAGUAUCCAAUCACAUUUCCACCGUCAUAUCCAUACGAGGAGGAUCCAUUGCAACCAGGUGCUUACAUGACAACGCGCUGUCCGGCCUGGUGUGAUCGGAUACUAAUUAGUCCAGCAGCCCGAAAGCUGAUAUGCGGUGGUGUUGAUAAUACGAUGCCGAAGCAUGAUGCUAAUUAUGGUGUUAUUGGAUCAGAUGUAUGCAUGGGCGACCACAAGCCCGUGUAUCUCAGCAUAAGAAUCAAAACAAGUCAAGGUAUUUUAGAUUACUGUUCCUGUGAUAUGCAUAUGCCCCCAGCAGGGAGAGUUGAACAUGAAGUGCCUUUAAAUAGUUGUAGUAACAAUAGCAAUAGCAGUAGCGAUAGGCAACAUACAAAUUCCAGUGAUACUAUUGGCUGUAGCAACAGCAACACCAUUUUAUUAAGCGUUGGUUAUGAAACGGAAUCGAACAGGAUAAUGUCCAACUCAGGUGAUCGGACACACAGUUUGGCAUCGGUAACUUUAGGCAAUGAAGCUACAUUGUUUCCUGAUACGGCAACCACCAGUCUCACCUGUGUGCAAGUACUAGCGCCGUCCGCCCCAUGUCCUAAAUGCACUAGUCGUAUUGAUCGCUGUUUCCAGCAAAUUCUAGAACAAUCAGGAACAGAACCUUCAGAUAAACACUAUUGCCAGUUCCUUGAUCAGCCAGAUGUAUUGAAGAGUGAAGAAAACGAGCCGCAGCAUCCCGCCGUCAGUAUCAGUGUCUACGACACAGAUAACAAUCUGAAUGUUUGUAUGUGUGCCUUGUAUUGCAGCAAUGUCGUAAGUGAUACUGCUGCCAAAUACAUUUCUGAGCUGAACUCCGAUGAUACCAUCUGCCCAAAUUGUCGUAACAUAAUCAAGCAUCAGCCGGUGGAGCAUCGUAAACGAUUAAUAUCACGUCGAAUGAUGCUGGCUAACGAUAUCAUUGUCAAUCGGAUUGACACGCACUAUCUGAACACGAUUGUAUCGCCAACGAACGGUAGUGGGUUUGGUCCACGGGGCCUAUCAUGUAACACGAUGGCCAGUGAUUCAUCGCACUAUCGUAACAUGGAACCAUACACGCCGGAAAGUGCAGAAUCACACUCUCCGCUUCCCGAAUCAAACGAAAUUAUCAAGGACAGACAAACCCAGAUGCACAACGAUCGGCAGUCGCAACGAAUCAAUGGUGAUACGAUGACUGAUUUUGUUGUUGUAUGCAAAGCCGAACAUGAAACUACCCAGAAAAUGGUAGCAAUUACGAAAGAUUCAACCGACACGUUCGUAUCCUCCUCUUCCUCUUGUCCAUUGGACAUACAAGUGGUUGUUAUCGAUGGCGCGCCGUCGAAGAAAAAACAGCAUAAUGUCAGCAGUGCUUCAGCUCAAACCCGUUGUAGCAGUUUGGUAGGCGGUGUGUCCCCUCGCCAAUUAAAAUCAAGACUGGAGAAGCUGACUCGCCUGGCGGACGAGCGCAGGAAGCAGUACGCAGAUUGGUCCCGCAACCGGAGUCGCUCUGAUGUGGUUAAAAGCGAGAAAAACAGCAGUGGCAAAUUGACAAUACCGUUUCUGUCGGCAGUAACUAAAUCGUCGGCGGAAAAUUGUUUCAAUGCCAGGCACACGGGAUGUUUAGAUGGUAACCUGCCAGCUGUAGUCGCAGAUGAUGUAGAAGAGCAACAGUUUUUGGCUGACCAGAACGACAGAAGAAAACAGGAGCGAAAAGGCUUUGAUGAUAACAACAGUCAUAUAGUAUCAAAAAGUUGCCUUCCACUUGAUAACCAAUCGGCAAAUUCUCUGCCAACGACACCACGGGAUUCAGCGCUAGCUGGUUGUUGCCGACAAAUGUGCUGCAUACUGUAGAUUGGCUAUUAAUUCUGCCGAUAUUCGGAUGGUAUUGCUUGUUACUACAGCUAUGCAAUGACUUGUUAAGAUUUCUCAUUCGUUUUUACUUCGCAUUUACCAAAGCGAAACCAACCCUACUUUAUCCUAAUUUCUCCAAAAUUUCAACACCUUUCAGUUUUAUCGAGUACAUGUUAAUAAAUUAUUUGAACUGCUCAGUCCACUGGUACUUAUAAAGAAACGCUGGAGAAUAUAACUUAUGAGUCAAAGACGUAUCACCAGCUUAAAGGUACCUUAGACAACGCUCGAAAGCGAUUCAGUCGAUACUUAGCUAAAAUAAAGCACCCUAUUGCGUUUUGGUGCAGCCUUUGAUGGCUAUUCGGCAAUUCAGCAAUCGCCGUUAGCGUACAUAAGUCUAAUUUUUUAAAGCGCUAUUAACCAAAUCCAAGCUCUUCCAAGCCAAUUUCUCUAUGUAUAUGGAUGAGAUUUUUACAAAUGCAACUGUUAUCCUAUCCUGCUCAGCCGCUUGCGAAACGUUUCGUAGAUUUUGCUCUCCCUUUCGAAUCUCUCAUUGUUAUCCUUUAUGCCUUCAGUGUUACUAUCAUUUAAACAUAAUAUACAAAGCAUUGAAACAUACACAAUGCGCAAAUUCCAUAAUUUGUUUUGAUUCCGUGUAUCGAUCUGCACAUUUCUUCAUAAAAUCUCGUUGAUUUUUUUAAGCUAAUUGAUCGUCGAACCUUUGUCGAAACGACCUUUUACUUACUACUUUUACAAUAGCAGGUGACUGCAAAUAAAGAAUAAUUCUAAGUUGCCCUAAACCACCCAUAUCCUAUUUUAAAAUCUCAUUGUGUAUUCUAAUAUAAGAAUGCGAUACAAAUAACAUUCAUCGCUAAUCGCAUUUAUAGGUUGUGGUUAGUAAAAGCGCACUUCAAAAGUAUGUUCAAAGCGAUCGUAUUUUAUUUUAUUUUAUUUAAAUAUAGUAUAAUUUAAUAGUGUACUGUUUUUAUUUAUCAUGGCUAAAAGUCGUUCUAGAAUUAUAAUUUAUUUACUAUAUUUAUUGUAAAACACAUUAAGAUAGUUCAAUGCAUUGUAAUAAUUUUACGAAAUACUGUGUAAUUUUUAUAAUAUUAUUGUUUAUUAUAUUACCAUUUAAGAAACCCCGUUUCAUUUCUCUGAGUGCACCAGCAAAUGAAGUUAGUUGAUUAGGAAUGAUGUAGAUUGUCUUAAAAAUUCUUAAAGUGAAACGCAACUGCCAACAAGGUUUUUUUUAUGUUGUCUUGUUUAAAUUUGUUAAAAAUGUAGCAAAGGCCAUACUCUGUUCCUUCCUAGACUUCUACAGAGGUACGAGAUUGAGAUCGCAUCAAUAAUAUUGCUCCACAUGUGAUUUAUUCGUAACAGGCAAACGGUACAUGUUCUAGUAUGUAUCGACCAGAGAUUUGCUAAUUUCAUUUGAUAGAGAUUCUCUAGUCUAGCCGACUUACUAGCAUUAUGUUAAUGAACAAGAGACUUGUAUGGAAGGGUUUCCUCUAUUUGUUUUUUUUUUUUAAUUAUUGGUUUUCCCAAUCAGCCUGCCAAACACGCAAAGCUUGCGCACAUUAGGGAAGGUUAAGAGAAACUUGCUUCAAAUAUAAUCAUGGUUGAAGUGAUGCUAUGGUUUCGUUGUGUUUAUUUUCAUUUUUCAUGUUUUUAAACUUAUGCGUUGUUGUCGUAUGCAGUUUUGGUCACCUCUAAUCUUUGCUUUGAUUUGCAUAAGGGCUCAUCAAUCGAUUCGUAGCUGUCCAAGGUUUUCUUUUUUUUCACUAUUUGUUAUUCAUGUUUUCUGUUCUUUUAGCUAGAUGUGUUUUUCACGUGUUUCGUUCGUCAUUGCUAUGCGCUUGUCCAUUCAUCAAAGCGAAGUGAACACCUAAUGCCCUCGUGUCAUUGUUAAGGCUUGGAAGGUCUCCUAGAUUAAAUCAAUGUCCAAGAUGAUGGUAUUAUAGGACCCGACAAAUCGUUUGAGACACUUCAAUUUUACUCAAGCUAUUGUUUAUAUUAAAGAACCAACCGAUGCAUACUAUAGUUAACCCUAGAUCUUUUCUUAUUUUUUCGUUACUAC